CAGAAACCAAAGAACAAGAUCAUCUGUGUCUUGGCCGUCACUCCAAGAUAUACCAAGCAAACCACUUCAAUACUAUUUAGUAGCCCUUACCUUCUCCCACCCCAUACCCGCAACAUGAGCCAAACAAACCCACCACCAACCCUGCCAAACUCUAGCUCCAGCAUCACCCUCACGCCCAUCAACCUCCACCACCCCGCCGACUACGCUGCCCUCCAACACCAACGCACAAUUUGCGGCUGGGACGAAACCGACGAAGCCCUCCUCGCCUGGCGCGCCAAGCAAGACGCGGGCCUCAAAUCCUUCUUCUGGAUCGACAUCGUCCCAGCUCCCACCUCCGCCUUUGCCUCCACCUCCACCUCCAGCAGCAACAGCAGCGACAACAAGGACAACAGCAACAACCAGACCCCCACGGCCGAAACAAUCCACGCAGGCCACAUCUCCCUCGACGCGUACGCCCACCCGCCAGACCGGGACCUCGCCACAGUCGACCGCACCAACCUGACCAUCCAGUCGUUCUUCAUCCUGCCGGAGCACCGGCAGAGCGGGCUGGGCCGGCGCGCGAUGGCGCUGGUCGAGGCGCGGGCGCGCCGGGACCCGCGCUGCAGGUACGUGACCCUCAACGCGGUCAGCAAGGCGUACUACGCGGACCCCGUGCGGCGGCGCUGGAUUGAGCGGGUCCGCGGCGAGGGAGGCCUUCCUGUUGCGGAGUGGUAUGAGAGGAUGGGGUACGUGCGGUGGAAGACGGAGCCGCGGUAUACGGAUUGGACGCCGGAGGGGGAGGAGGUGAUAAUCGAGGCGGAUUUUAUGAGGAAGUCGGUGGUUGUGGAGUAGAUGGUGGUUUGGGCUCUGUGGCCUGGGUUCAGUGUGCUGUAUAUAUGAGAAUGUGUCUGCAUUCUGCAUUAUGAUGGAGUUCAGGUGGGUGAGUGCUGGUUUGAAAUCUUGUAGCUGGAUCUGUCUUCACUGAGAUAUGCUGGACCUCCACCUACAAGGCUUUCGAUGCUGAAAGGUGGGUGGGGUUGUCAGUGUUUCGAGCAUAGUACAUAGUGAGCAGAAAAACAGUAGGCUACGUGGUUAGACCCCUGCCUUUGAUUGGCUGUUCAACUACUCUUGAAUAUCGAUGGGCAUUAGAUCAAGACCGGUGACGUACACGCUUGUGAGGAU